AUGAAGCUGUACACACUCCACGAACUCGACCCCAGCGAUGGGACAGUGCAGCUGCACAAGGCAGAGAGUCAGGGGUCGGGUUCAAUCGUCUUGGUACCACAUCCUUCGGACUCAGAUCCAAACGACCCGCUGAGAUGGCCAACCUGGAAGAAGCACAUUGCAUUCACUUGCGUCUGUGCCUUCACCUUUCUGACCAACUAUGGAAUCGGUGGCCUGGCUCCGGCAUUCUACCUGCUGUCUAUAGAAUUCAACAAGACGAUGACCGAGACCAGUGAUCUGCUACUGUGGCCAAUUCUCGUCCUUGGCGUCUUCAACUUCUUCUGGGUGCCUUUGGCCAACUAUUUUGGGAAGAGGCCUGUCUUCGUCUUUGCCAGCCUUCUCUUGGCUGUAUGCUACAUCUGGGGAGCGGCAGCCCAGAGCUUCCAAAGCUUACUCUGGAGCAACAUCAUUGCUGCCUUUGCGGGCAGUUCAACCGAGGCGCUCGGCGCUAGCAUGGUCAACGAUCUGUACUUUCUCCAUGAGCGGGGCGCGAAGAUGGCCAUAUACAUGAAUGCAAUCAGCGGUGGCAACACUAUCGGACCAUUACUCUGCGGCUUCAUCGUUACCGGCCUUAGCUGGAGGUGGCACAAGUGGAUUGCCGCCAUUCUGACCUCGAUCAACUUUUUGGCCGUUCUAUUCUUCGUGCCUGAAACCCGCUACUUUCGGGAUGAACACAGUGUUGAUGAUGAGAAGGAGACGAGACUCCAUGCUAGUGACCCGGAAAAGAGUCCGUCAGCCAUUAGGGAACAGCAGCCUGGUGGUUCCCCUGACCGUUCUUCGUCGAAUGAGGUGCCGAAAAAGACAUUCAUGCAAGAGCUCUCCCUCUGGAGCGGCGUGGCGAAAGGAACCAACUUGUUGAAGAUGUUUGUACGGCCAUUUCCCAUGAUCUCGUACCCCUGCGUCAUCUACGCCUUCUUAGGCUACGCGAUGUCGCUAGUUCUGGUCGUCGCGGUCAACAUACUCAACCCUUUUGUUCUUCAAGCUCCUCCUUACAGUUGGUCGCCCAUGAUCAACGGUCUGAUCAACCUUCCUGGAUUCAUUGGCAACGUUGCUGGAGCCUAUGCCGGGGGGUGGCUUGUUGACGUGUACUCCGACUGGCGUGCGCGGAAGAACAACGGAGUCUUCGAACCUGAAAGCCGACUGCUUCUGACGGUCCUGCCGUUGAUCAUCACUGGCGCCGGCUGUCUAGUGUUUGGGUAUGGCGUUGAACGCACACUGCACUGGACCAGUCUCUUCUUCGGAUAUGGCAUGGUCAGCUUUGCUCUUACUGCAGUACCGACGAUUACAAUGACGUACGUCAGCGACUGUGUGCUGCCAGUAAACAUGGACGCCCUCAUGUUGGUCAAUGGCCUCAAGAAUAUCGUAGCAUUCGGAUUUUUGUAUGGGAUCAUACCGUGGGUGGAGGAUGUGGGAUACGUCAACUGUUUUGGCGCACAAGCUGGUAUUUUCGUGGCCAUUAUACUGAUUGGCGCCACGUCACUGAUUAUAUUUGGUGCGAAGAUGAGACACGCGCAAGCUUCGUGGCGCAUCAUCUUGUGA